GGGUCUCUUUGUUAUAUAGUUCACGUGAAUAGUUUAUUCAUACAGAAGGCUUCUAGUUGGUUGAACGUCAUAGCGUCUCUCUGUGCUGAAGCUUCUCUCUACUCGGUCUUCUCUUUUCCUAUACAGAAUAGUCUAACGAUGGGUCGCCCAAAGGGAGCUCUUGGAAAAAAUAACAAGAAAAAGGUUAAGGAUGUGAACAAACCCAAGAGGGCAACAUCUGCCUACUUUUUCUUUCUUGCACAAUGCAGAAAGGAAGCUGCCAAAGCUGGAAAGGCUCCCACAAAGAUUGCCGAAUUUACUAAAGAGGCUUCAGAAAAAUGGAGGUCUUUGACUGCAGACAAGAAAAAGCCAUUUGAAGCUGCUGCUGCAGAUGACAAAAAAAGAUACGAAACUGAGAUGGCAGUUUACAAAGGUAAAUCAGUGGAUCCCAAUAAACCCAAGAGACCACCAACAGCCUACUUUUUAUUCCUGGCUGACUUCAGAAUAAGAAUGGCCAACAAGGGUAUUGAACAUAAAGAGCUUCUCAAAAUGGCUGGUGAAGAAUGGAGGUCAUUGAGCAAUGAAGAUAAAAAGCCAUAUGAGAAGAAAGCUUUAGAAGAGUCUAAAAAGUACGAGUCUGCAAUGACAGAAUACAGAAAGACUGGUCCACCUACUGGCGGUCCUGCUGCCAAGAAAGCAAGAGUUGAAGAGGAGGAGGAGGAUGAAGAAGAAGAUGAGGAGGAAGAAGAGGAUGAUGAUGACGAUGAUGAAUAGAUUUACUUGGUCUGCAGUUUUGUAAAUACUUUUAUAACAUUCACUUGCCGUACUGACAUUACUACUUGCAGAUACCUAUUGUGACACCUGGAAAAUCUUGUUUGUCACCUAAUUUCUUGGAGUCAUUACAACCAUCCAUCUGACUUGAAAGAUCUGUAUUAGAGGUUAUGACAGAUUGACUUUGACAUUGAGUUACGGCUUUUGUUAUUGAGUGUAAAGGUUGGCACAUCUUUGAUCAGUUGUGUGCCAGCAUCAAUACUUAGUUAACUGGAACACUUGAGAAAUGAAUGUAUCAUCAUCUAUGUUAUUGUUAUCGCCAUAUCUUUUUAAGAUAUAAGCAAUUCCUUAGAUUUUAAACACCUUUGCUGGCUUAAAAAUGCCACUACCUGAAUUUUAACAUAGCAACUUUGGCACACACCUGUCUCAGGGAUGUAAGCUAUUCAAGCUGUGUCACCAUUUGUCACCAACUUUCUACCUGUUUAUUUGCAUCUGGUAAGACCAUUUUGGCAUGGUAAGGUAUCAAGAUGUUUUAAGUAGGGUGCUGUAUCUAGACUAGUGUGUAUGAAUGAGCGACUGAUUUUUCUUGGACAAACUUUUAAAAUAUUUUUUCAAAGGCUGUCUUAGUGCCAUUUAUGGAAUUUUAAAUUUGUAACAGUGCUUUGUACUGCCAAUGUAAAAUUAUAACUUGAAUUUAGUCUUUUUAUUAAUUUUUUUUUUUGUAACUCGUAUGUUAGGGUUAUGUUGAUUGUUACAAAGAUUUUAAUUUUUACCUGUCUGGUGGUGUGAGCAGGGCUUUAAUUUUUUCUCAAGCCAUCACAAGAGGGUUAGUUGUAAGUAGUGUCACAGUAUGUUUUAUCUGCUUUUGAUGACAUGCGAGUACUGUAAUAGUUUUCAUGACACAUGACAAACUUGGGUCCCUGUCAAUUAAUGUUGAUCAUCAUCAUCUCUUCACAGUUGUCCUAAUGUUGUGUAGGUGUUCUCAUCACAUUGAUAAUCAUCAUUCACUUGGUUCAUUAUCAUUGUAUCUUUGUAGUAUAGAAAAACUUGAACAAAGUCUUUAAAAAUAGUCAUUGUGUUUUUUUUUUCACCACUACUGUUCAUACUUUUGAUGUCCAUGAAAACAUGUGUUGUAAUAAAAUUAAAAUAAAAGUAAUAUAACUGUA